AACUUGCUUACAAAAGCCUUAUAACAUUAAGCAGAAUCAGAACCUAUAGCGAUGCCUAGUAAAGCAGUUACAGUGUGUGAUCGGAGCGCAAAGAUUUAUUUAAUUCGAUACGCCGUCGAUCCUGGAGUUCUCUUCGCGUUGUUUUACAGUACAUAGAAAAUAUAUUCUAAUCCGAUAUUUCUCAAGAGACUAAUUUUACACAAUGGGAUAUUGAAGAUUAUUAAAUGGUGUUCAAUCAGUGCAUUUGCGCUUGUGUGAAGGAAACGGCGAUUAAGAACUAACCAGAGACGAGAGGGGUGCAAUUGGCACCUCUUGAUACAGAGUUUUAAAUGAAUUAAAGAAUGGGUUCAUUAAUAUGAGUUCAGGUAAAUUGAACGGCUUCGUGACAUGACACCACGGGGAAUAGCAGCUAGCGAAUCUCAAUGUGCAGAAGUCCCGGCAAUGAAAUCAGACACAGUGUAGCUCUCUGCCUGGCAGACUGGAAAAGAGCUACCAGUCUGUAACCCCUGCAGUCAAUAUCGCAUUACAUCCAGAUUACACCCAGGCUGGAACAGGCACGGUCGAAAUAAUCUGAUCUGGAAAGAAAAGGGAGGUAGAGACGUGGGGAAAUCAUGGCAACGUCAAAUGUUUUGUUAUUUCUCGAUCUAGAGCAUCAAUAAUUCACCUUUGAGAUUCUCGAUGUCGCAAAGAGAUUGCUAAUUUGGCUCCCUUCAUUUUUCUAGCAUCAAAUCUAAUAAGAAACGGGACUAGUGGCUUUCAGCUGGAGUACCGGAAAAACAAAAGGAACAAGACUUGGAAACCAGUAGCGGGGAUCGCUUACAAUGGUUUUGAUAAUGCUACUGAGCAAGGCUAUGUUCACGGUCGUGGUUCUUCUAAUCGGGUUUUCUCUGUACAUCGAGCUUGUCGUGGCUCAGAAUGACACGGAGCCCAUCGUCCUGGAGGGCAAGUGCCUUGUGGUUUGUGACUCUAAUCCGGCUACAGAUUCCAAGGGCUCCUCAUCCCCGCUCGGGAUCUCGGUGCGCGCAGCGAACUCCAAGGUGGCAUUUUCAGCGGUGAGAAGCACCAACCACGAACCCUCAGAAAUGAGCAAUAAAACUAGAAUUAUCUACUUCGAUCAGAUCCUUGUGAAUGUGGGCAAUUAUUUCACCCUGGAAUCUGUUUUCGUGUCGCCCCGAAAAGGGAUCUACAGUUUUAACUUUCAUGUGAUCAAAGUGUACCAGAGUCAGACCAUCCAGGUAAACCUGAUGCUGAAUGGCCGGCCGGUGAUCUCAGCCUUCGCCGGCGAUAAAGAUGUCACCCGCGAGGCAGCCACAAAUGGAGUGCUGCUAUACCUGGACAAGGAAGACAAAGUCUAUCUGAAACUGGAGAAAGGGAACCUGGUGGGAGGAUGGCAGUACUCCACUUUCUCUGGCUUCCUCGUUUUCCCCCUGUAAAAAUAUCAAAUAAAUCCCCCAAAUGGGACUGCUCUACUACAUUUGUAAACCUACAGUCAAGUCAUCAUUUUUGUGCAACUGACGAAUUUCGGCAGCAGUUUGGAUUUACACCAGUGGAUGAUAUUUGAUUCUAUGCUGUGACUUUUGUUUAUGACCUGCAAGAGGAGAAAACAGAGGGGAAUAUUUUCCUUCGGAAUCUGAAUUAGCGACAUGACAAACACUGCUCCAGCCCAAAGCGGUAUGCCCCCCAAAACAAUCAUUUGCUUGUAUACUGUAGAUAUCUGUUUCUAUUUUACCCUUGCCUUCAUAUUGGCCAAUCUCCAUGUGCAGCAUAAGAGAAUCUUCCAUUCUUUGCAGUUUAUCAAGGGGAUGCCUGCCCAGAAUACUUGUUUUCACGCAUGUGUAUUAAAGAUCCUUUCAAUCUGAUCUUUUUAAAAAUAUUCUGUUUAAAAAACACAUUUUCGGGAAACUGUAUUUUCAGGUGCUCUCUCUGAACUUGUAUUUCUCUCUCUCUGUCCUUUGGGAAUAUAGAUUUACCUUCAUUGUUAUGGGUGGUACAUUACCACAGAAGUGCUUGGAGACAUAUAUCACCCGUUAAUUCAAUUAAGCCUCCUAGCGUACAUGCUCUUGAUUUCUGAGUAGUCCGUGUGAAGCAUUUUAUACUUUGAAAUGUAGUCUGCAGGGCAACAUUCUUCUGUAUAGCUCUGUGUAGAAACAGUUCAGAGAAAGAAUAUUGCAGCAAAGAGCCAAGAUUUUACGACUGUGAAUAUCCUGAUAAGAAACAGGUUCAAGAUUGGUUAGUUAAAUUAUCUUCCUUUUGUGGUUAAGAAACACUUUAUCCAAGUUUUGAGUUUGGAAGUAUUCUGGGAUGUGCUGUAGUUUACUUUUAUUGAGAGCCCUGCUGUUUUAAAACAGACAGCUUUGACAUACAGACAACAUGUCAACAACAGAUUACCAAGCACAAAACAGAACAAACCCAAACACAGUAGUGCCUUGCAACUUUGCUUUCAAAAUUAAAUUGCUUUUAAAUGCCACUUCAAAAACCAAAGGUUGUCCACACACCUCCUUUAGGAAAGACAUUCUAAAUGGUGUACAAAUCUGUAAUGUUUCUUUUAUUCAUCCAUUUAUUCUUUUUGUAAAUAUUUUAAAAUCUUUUUUCAUAGGUAUAUUGAAGACUACAGUGACUUUAAUUUUGUCAUUUAUUUAUUAUUUUGUCUGUUAAAAGGUGUUCUAGUUUGUAUUCCCUUUGGCUUUAUGAAAUUACUGGUGUAGAAAAUUCUUGUGAGGUUUUAAUCGCAAGGUUGCAGCACACUAAUGCUUCAAAGUAUGGAUUUUCUAUUUGAAGGCACAGCUGGAGGCUCUAAUAUACAGAAUACACUUAAUAUUUGCUUCUAUUGACAAAUUAACUGGAGUGAAAUAAGAUACUGGAAAAGACUAAGGAUAUGAAAAAUUAGCUAGGUAUUCAUCAUACCAGGAUGACACAUUUUUAAGUUUUAAGGGAUUUCAUACUAAAACAAAAGCCUGAACAUUUUGCUGCUAUUAAUUUGAUUUUGUGCACUUAGGCACAAUUAUAAACAUUACAGUAGACCUAUUUAAAGUAACGCUCACAUUUCCAAUGGUAAAAAGUGAAAAUUCCUUUCGUUCCCUUAAAAGUUGCCCUUCAUACUAUCCCUUUUAUGCAGGCAACCUUCUGCUUCUUCAAUCUUCAAGGACUCCAUCACUGUAGCUAAUAAGCUAAUUCAACACUUUUCCUUUUGAUGACCAGAACAGUCUAGAGAUGCAUUGACAUCAUUUUCAUUUCAUUUUGUGUCCUGAAAAUGAUAUCGUCCAAAGAUAAUAAAUCAGUAUUAUAUAGAGCAUUGGACAUGACAUAAACUGAUUACAGUUAAUUUGUUUCAGUUCCAGCAAUUAGCAAACAAUUAUAAGUCACUGAUCAGACAGGUAACUAAUUUUAUAGUACAGUACAUUAGCCUAUAUCUACACGUUUGGUAUGAGUAUUAAUUUGCUGUUAAUCCAAUCACAAAGCUACAGUACUAUCUUAUGAUUUCUUAUUCCUGUAGCAUUUCAGGAUGAAGAACUAGUUAAUAUUUAUGCCUGCUCUAUAAUUCAUUAUGAUGGCCAUUUUUAAGUCCCACCCUAAUUUUAAGUGGUAUCCAAGCCAUUUAAUUAUCUAUUUAUUAUUGCAAUUAAUUAUUUAGUAAAAAUGCCAACUUCAUAAUAUCCAUUCCUCGCUUGAUUCUGAAUAGACGAUGCUGAUCUAGACGUUCAGAUAAUUGGAGCUUGUGCUUCUCUGUGCUCCCCACCUUGAAAAAAAUAUUUAAAAAUCUGUCACCAAUGAAUUAUAAACACUGCCUGUUAUACGGUAAUUAGAUGAAAUUCACAGAGCUCAUUUUGUACAGUAGUUAGCAGAAUAGUCUUUCAUACAUAACAUUUUCAGAGCCACCUUUAAUGUUAAAAAGGAAACUAAAAAAAACAUGCAAGCAAUUUGCAAAUGGGUAUACUGAUUAGAACAGGUACACGCAAGUGCUACUAUUAUAGUAUGUUUCAUUUUUCUUUUGUUUAGUUUGGGUGCUUUUUGUGAGGAGAUUGCAUGAAUACUCCCUGUAUUCAUAGGAGUUUUUCCUAUGUGCUCUGGUUUUCCCGACUCUUGUUUUCCAAAGACAUGCUAACUAGGAUAACUGGGAUCUAUAAAUUGUGCAUGGGUGCUUCUUUGUGUGUACACUAUGAUGGGCUAAUGAGCUGUAAAGGGGAAAAGUCCUUCCUUGCACUCUAAGAGUCUCAGACAGGCUCCACUGUGUCACAAAACUAACAACUUUUCUAUUAACAAAUAGAGUUCCAUUGGCAAUUAUUGAGGCAGUUGUGCUGUAUCAGUUUCUGCUUGUUCAAGAGGAUGUGUGUGACAGAUUUGACACAAAGUGAAUUGUGAAAUUAACUUUGGAAUUUCAAUUAAGUCAAUUAACUAACAGUAACUGAGAAAAGAGAGAGAGAAAUGCUUAGUUCAGAGAGUCCUCAGUUUGAGUUUUACAAAAGGUUGUUUCAGAAUACACUGCAUGCUUUCUCUUGCAGUUUUUACAUGUUACGCUGGAGCAAUAGAGAAAUCCUCUUAAAGAAAGAAUCUGGACAACAAGUCCUUAGAGAAAGACUGUGAAUUGGUUUGAAUUAUAAAGGCAGUACUAGAAGAAAGCUUCAUCAAUCAUAUUUUUCCGAAUCCAGGAUUAUUUUUGCUCCAAUUUUCUAACGUCUUGAAAGUUUAGUGUGUCACUGGAUUGUAUUUUUGACCACGAUGCCAUUCUGUUGCCUACUGUACUGUAUAUGAGAAGAUGUUGCUUUCAACUAACUUUGCUAUGGAAAAAGCUACAACAGCUAAUUGACUGAGGAAUUAUCCACAAUGAUGAUAAAUCUACUGUAAGUAACUAAAAUAAAUGAGGAAAUAAAAAAGAUUUUUGUGGGCUGACUGCUGGAAUAAUGCUUGGGAUAAUUAACAGGACACUUGAGUGAAUUGCUGAAAACAUCAUAACCUUGUAAUUAGGAUUUCACAGUAGAUUGGGAUGAUUUAUUAACUGGAACUUAUUGCUCUGCUGAACUGUUGGAAACAUGAAGUUCUUGUGCAACGACACAGCCACUCCAUCACACAAUCAUAACUUCUCAAAAUUAUGUUUUCGUACUAUUUUUUUUUUUGCUGUUUAAUGUACAACAUGGUCCUUCUCCAGUAAAAUCUAAAGGAUCAAACGUCAACUACCAUGCUUUCAGCUGGUAAAUGAAAUCUGAACAACAUAUAUAUAUAUAUUACAUCUCAUGUUUGUGUCUGUCAGGCUUGUGCAAGUGAAUCAGGAUUGUUUUGGAAAGCAAUCUGACCACUCUAUGUAUGUUAAACACACACUAUCACACUGUUUUCCAUCAAAUGGGUGGUAUUUAUUUAGAAGGAGCUGAACCCAAAUUGUUUGAACAUUUUUGUGACUAGCUAAUGAAUGUUGAUAUAUUUUGCACACAUUUUGUUUCUUGGUAAAAAGCUCUUGGCUUGCUAGGCUAUUGAUCUACCAUUUGUACCGCAGUUGGAGGAAUACAGGAGGGAGUGUUUUAUUUGUGUGACCAAUGCAGACAUUCAGAAGUUUUUAAGAAAGGUACACUUGUACAGAUUUCUUUGCAAAGCUAAAUAGGAUUGGAAAAUAAUAUUUCCAAAAAUUGGUAUCUCAGAAUAUGACACAUCUGUUGCUUGUGAAGAGUUGAGGUUGUAGAUUGAAAAAUCUGCUCAGAUUGUUACACUCACACCAUUCUACUUAAGACUUUUUACAUCGCAUAAAAAUCAUAGCAUAAAAAAUAGUGUCCCUUGUAUACAUGGUAAAAAAGAAGUUUGGUCACUAUGUGACCUAAAUCAAUUUUUCCCUGUGUGGAUUACCAAAAGAUUAGGUUUUCCAGGCUAAAACACACAUCAUUGAGAAUUCAAAGGUAGCAGUUUAUCAAGAAGUUUAUUCAGUUUCACCUGCCAUGCUCUAAAACACAUAGUGUGUACUGGAUUUAUGCUUGUGGAAUUUGAUUCAUUCAAGAUGACAUUUUGAACUUGUUAUGUGAAGAGGUAUGGAUUUGCAGUGUUAAAAUAAUUUAUAUAGAAAUUUGGUUUAUUUGACUGACAUUAUUAAAAUAUUAAAGUCAUGCACAGUGAUCAGAUUAAUACAAAAAUACCUGUACUAAACCUGUGUAAAAUAAGACAUUGAUGUGAAGUAAUACUGUAGGUGGAAUUAAAAACGUCUGGAAUGUCCAACUGUUGGUCAUCAAAUAUUGUAUUUCUGCUCUUUUUGUUCUGUAUACUGUCGUUAAUUUAUUUGAUUUUUACUGUUAA